CUCUAGGGUUUCUUCACCAAUGGCGAAGAUACGCCACUCUCGUCUCCAGGGCCGAAAAUCUUCCUCUUUCUCAACGCUCACAUUCACGAUGCUCGUAAUGUUCAGUUUCGUCGUUCUCAUUCUCGUCGCCCUCGGAAUUCUCUCCGUUCCGAGCAGCUCCGGCGGCGACUCCACCCACAAGCCCAACGAUCUCAGCUCCAUUGUUCGCAAGAACGCCGAUAGAAGCGAGGGAGAUGAGGGGAAAGGGGAACGCUGGGUCGAGGUCAUCUCAUGGGAGCCUAGAGCUUUCAUUUAUCACAAUUUCUUGACCAAGGAGGAAUGCGAGUAUCUCAUCAAUCUCGCCAUGCCUAACAUGAAAAAAUCAACAGUUGUUGAUAGUGAGACUGGAAAAAGCAAAGAUAGCAGGGUACGCACUAGUUCUGGAACAUUCUUGGCCAGAGGACGUGACAAAGUCAUUAGGACGAUUGAAAAAAGAAUUGCUGAUUUCACCUUUAUACCCGUAGAACAUGGUGAAGGACUUCAAAUUCUCCACUAUGAGGUUGGACAGAAAUACGAGCCUCACUUCGACUACUUUCUUGAUGAUUUCAACACACAAAAUGGAGGUCAACGUAUGGCUACACUUCUUAUGUACCUCUCAGAUGUCGAAGAAGGGGGUGAGACCGUGUUUCCUGCUGCAAAAGGGAAUUUUAGCUCUGUGCCUUGGUGGAAUGAGCUAUCUGAUUGUGGGAAAAAGGGACUUUCUGUUAAACCUAAGAGGGGUGAUGCAUUGCUUUUCUGGAGCAUGAAGCCUGAUGCUACUCUAGAUCCAUCCAGUUUACAUGGUGGAUGCCCUGUUAUUAAGGGAAACAAGUGGUCAAGUACAAAAUGGAUGCGUGCCAACGAGUACAAAGCUUGAAAUUCUAAAGGCACACGAGUUAUUAUCUUGUUGUUUCAAGCCAGAGCUCCAGAUCCAGGCGACUUCAAUUCUUAUUUUGUUUGUAGGCUACCAUGCACCUUGAUGCCUCACGCCUUGGAAUUUUGGUGUAUAUUGUUGCUCUGCUAACUCACAUUUUUGUUUUUGAGUUUUUUUUCUUUUUACAUAUUUGUUACCACUACAAACCCUGUUAAAAUAAAAGUUCAAAUGCCCUUUUGUGGUAGUGGGACAGGUUUAGAAGCAUGGACUGUACUGUCGAUAGAAAAUUAUCUCUUACCCGUUUAAAGAAGAGCUUGUAUUUAAUAUAAAUACAUAUAUAUAUUUUUUUCUUUUUCUACUCAAGAUAAUUAGUUUUUUUUCUUUCACUUAUGAAGUUAAUGUCGUUAUACAACUAUUCAGUUCAUUUCCUUCAAAAAC